AGAAAAACCGGAUAACGUUCUUUCAGUUUUUCUUCUUUCUUUCAUGGUGCUGCUGCUGCUGGUGCUAUCAUCUCACUAACCACUCGGUGGAGCGCAUUUUAUGCGCUUAGAUUUCCACUCUCUUCAAUCCCUUUUCAUUUCCAAUGGUUUCUUCUUGGCCUCUCUCUCAGCCUACCAGUCACAGCUUCUUCUCUAAAACCCAGUUGAGAGGAUUUGGCCAUGGCUCUCGGCGACCCAGCUUCUCAUUUUGCCGCGACUCCGAAAGCAAAGUUCGACCCAUCAAAGCUUUGGUUGAUUCAGCCCCAUUCCCCUUAUUCCAACCUCCCAAAGUUGAAGAGUCGUCGUCUGAGUUGGAGCCAGCAGACCCUGAUUUCUACAAGAUAGGUUAUAUUCGAAGCAUGCGAGCUUAUGGAGUUGAGUUUAAGGAAGGGCCUGACGGUUUUGGUGUGUAUGCUUCUAAAGAUGUUGAACCUCUUCGCCGACCCAGGGUUAUAAUGGAAAUUCCUCUUGAAUUGAUGUUAACCGUGCGUCAGAAGCUCCCAUGGAUGUUCUUCCCUGAUAUAAUUCCAGUGGGACAUCCAAUAUUUGAUAUUAUCAACUCAACAAAUCCAGAGACAGAUUGGCACCUUAGGUUAGCAUGCCUGCUGUUAUAUGCAAUGGACUGUCAGGAAAACUUUUGGCAGUUGUAUGGUGACUUCUUACCCAGUGCUGAUGAGUGCACUAGCUUACUUCUGGCGAAAGAGUUGCAUUUGAUGGGUGGCUUCAUCAAUGAUUUGAAUGUAAGAGUC